AUGCUUAGAGCUAUAAAGAGUGUUAAUCACUCUAGAUUACUUAGAGCACAAUAUAAACCAAUUUCUAUUAGUUAUAGAAGUUUAGCUACUCAAGAUGGGUUUUUACAAACAGUAAAUGGGAAUUAUAUUGAUGAGAUGUAUAAUGCUUGGAGAAAUGAUCCAUCAUCAGUUCAUAUUUCAUGGAAUGCUUAUUUCAAAAACAUGGAAAGUUCCAACGUUUCCCCAUCAAAAGUUUUCCAAGCCCCUCCAACUAUUAUUCCAACAGUUUCUGGAGGUGCUGCUGGAUUCGUUCCUGGUCAAGAUAAUUCUAACAUGAGUGAAGAUGUUGUUACCCAUUUAAAAGUUCAAUUAUUAGUUAGAGCUUAUCAAGUUAGAGGUCAUCAAAAAGCUAAAAUUGAUCCUUUAGGUAUAAGUUUUGGUGAUCAAGGAGAUAUUCCAAAAGAAUUAACUUUAGAUUAUUAUAAUUUUACUGAAGAAGAUUUAAAUAAGCAAAUUACUUUAGGUCCAGGUAUUUUACCAAGAUUCGCUGAAGAUGGUAAAAAAUCUAUGUCCCUCAAAGAAAUUAUUGAAAGUUGUGAGAAAUUAUAUUGUUCAAGUUAUGGGGUUGAAUAUAUUCAUAUCCCAUCAAAGGAACAAUGUGACUGGUUAAGAGAAAGAAUUGAAAUUCCUCAACCAUUUAAAUUUUCAACUGAUGAAAAAAGACAAAUUUUAGAUAGAUUAAUUUGGUCAACUUCAUUUGAAAGUUUCUUAGCAACUAAAUUCCCAAGUGAUAAAAGAUUUGGUUUAGAAGGAGCUGAAUCAGUUGUUCCAGGUAUGAAAUCUUUAAUUGAUAAAUCAGUUGAAUUUGGUGUUGAAGAUAUUGUUAUUGGUAUGCCCCAUAGAGGUAGAUUAAAUAUGUUAUCUAAUGUUGUUAGAAAACCAAAUGAAUCAAUCUUUUCUGAAUUUACUGGAUCAAAAGAAUUCGAUGAAGGUUCAGGUGAUGUUAAAUAUCAUUUAGGUAUGAAUUAUGAAAGACCAACUACUUCAGGUAAACAUGUUAAUUUAUCAAUUGUUGCUAAUCCUUCACAUUUAGAAGCUGAAGAUGGGGUAGUUUUAGGUAAAACUAGAGCUAUUCAACAUUAUAAAAAUGAUAGUAAAGAACAUAAAAAGGCCAUGUCAGUAUUAUUACAUGGUGAUGCUGCUUUCUCUGGUCAAGGUAUCGUUUAUGAAACUAUGGGAUUUGCUAAUUUACCUGCUUAUUCUACUGGUGGUACUGUUCAUGUAAUUAUUAAUAAUCAAAUUGGUUUCACCACUGAUCCAAGAUUUGCUAGAUCAACUUUAUACCCAUCAGAUAUUGCUAAAUCAAUCAAUGCUCCAAUUUUCCAUGUUAAUGCUGAAGAUGUUGAAAGUAUUAUCUUUGUUUUCAAUUUAGCUGCUGAAUGGAGAGCUAAAUUCCAUACUGAUGUUAUCAUUGAUGUUGUUGGUUUCAGAAAAUAUGGUCAUAAUGAAACUGAUCAACCAGCUUUUACUCAACCUGUUAUGUAUAAAAAAAUCGCUGAAAAGAAAUCAGUUAUUGAAUAUUAUACUGAUCAAUUAUUAGCUGAAAAGACUUUCACUAAAGAAGAUAUUGAAGAACAUAAAAAAUGGGUUUGGAAUUUAUUAGAAGAAUCUUUUGGUAAAUCUAAAGAAUAUGUUCCAACUUCAAGAGAAUGGUUAACUACUCCUUGGGAAGAUUUUAAAUCUCCAAAAGAAUUAGCUACUGAAGUUUUACCUCAUUUACCAACUUCUGUUGAUGAAACUAUCUUAAAAGAUAUUGGUAAUAAAAUUAGUGAAGCUCCAGAAGGUUUUGAAAUUCAUAGAAAUUUAAAGAGAAUUUUAAAUAAUAGAAAGAAAACCGUUGAAACUGGUGAAGGUAUUGAUUGGGCUACUGGUGAAGCUUUAGCUUUUGGUUCUUUAGCUUUAGAAGGUUAUCAUGUUAGAGUUUCAGGUCAAGAUGUUGAAAGAGGUACUUUCUCUCAACGUCAUGCCGUUUUACAUGAUCAAUUAAGUGAACAAACUUAUACUCCAUUAAAUAAUUUAAGUGAAGAUCAAGGAGCUUUUGAUAUCUCCAAUUCUUCAUUAUCAGAAUAUGGGGUUAUGGGUUUUGAAUAUGGUUAUUCAUUAACCUCUCCUGAUGCUUUAGUUCAAUGGGAAGCUCAAUUUGGUGAUUUUGCUAAUACUGCUCAAGUCAUUGUUGAUCAAUUCAUUGCUGCUGCUGAAAGUAAAUGGAAACAAAGAUCAGGUAUUGUUUUAUCUUUACCUCAUGGUUAUGAUGGUCAAGGUCCAGAACAUUCUUCUGGUAGAAUUGAAAGAUAUUUACAAAUGUGUAAUGAAGAUCCAAGAUUUUUCCCAUCACCUGAAAAAUUAGAAAGACAACAUCAAGAUUGUAAUAUGCAAGUUGCUUAUCCAACCACUCCUUCUAAUUUAUUCCAUUUAUUAAGACGUCAAAUGCAUAGACAAUUUAGAAAACCUUUGGUAUUAUUCUUUUCAAAAUCCUUAUUAAGACAUCCUUUAGCUAGAUCUCCAUUAUCAGAAUUUACUGGAGAUUCUCAUUUCAAAUGGAUUAUUGAAGAUGAAGAACUUGGUAAAUCAAUUGAAUCUAAAGAAAACAUUAAAAAGAUUGUUUUAUGUUCAGGUCAAGUUUAUACUGCUUUACAUAAAAAGAGAGCUUCAAUUGAAGAUAAAACUACUGCUAUCAUUAAAAUUGAACAAAUGCAUCCAUUCCCAUAUCAACAAUUACGUGAUGCUUUAGAUUCUUAUGGUAAUGUUGAAGAUUUAGUCUUCUGUCAAGAAGAACCAUUAAAUAUGGGUUCUUACGCUUAUGCUCAACCAAGAAUCUUAACUACUUUAGCUGAAACUGAAAACCACAAGAAUUUGACUUUAAGAUAUGCUGGUAGAGAUCCAAGUGCUAGUGUAGCUGCUGGUUCAAAAUCUAUGCAUAACGAAGAAGAAGAAAGAUUCUUAAACGAUGUAUUUAAUUAG